CCCUCCAGACAGAUCCUACAUCCAGUGAUGACAACCAGCUCCAUCUGAUGGUCCAUUUCUGGAGAUAAAUUUACUUUCCAUCCUCCAGUGCUGCACCUACACUCCACCCUGGAUCCAGUGUCUUAUGUGGAAAUGGUGGAGAAGGUCCAACGCCCUCUGGUGUCCAGACUGUUGCAUGUCAGGGAAGAGUCUCCUGGACGCUCUGAACAAGACUCUCACAUUUCGUUGGUAAGAGGAAAACUUGAAGGAUCAAGUGCAGGAGGAAGUCAGGGCAGUGGAAUGGGGGGCCGACCAGCUGCUGCCAAUGCUGCCCGUGAGAGAAACAGAGUGCAAACCUUGCGUCAUGCUUUCCUGGAGCUACAGAGGACACUACCUUCUGUGCCCCCUGACACAAAGCUGUCUAAGCUGGAUGUUCUCAUACUUGCUACAACUUACAUUGCCCACCUUACCCGCAGUCUCCAGGAGGAGGAUGAGAGCAGCCACAACCAUACAUCCACCAGCCCUAGCAGCUCCAGCAGUCUUAGCCCAGAUCUUCUUGGGUCCUUACACAAUGGAGAUGGAUAUCUACAUCCUGUCAAGAAAUGGCCCAUGAGAUCCAGACUUUACAUUGGAGCCACAGGGCAGUUCCUUCACCAAUCUUCGGGGCCUGAGAACCAAGAUCAAAAUGAGAACACUCCACGCUCAGACCUGCCCAUUCUCCGAUCACAUAACUGGCAAUGCCUCGAUGGAGAUGAUUUUUACUGUAAUUUUAGGCUAGCCCGCUCCCCAGUCUGCCUCCUGAUGACAUCUGCUGUCAGCUCGAGCCUGCUGCUGCUGGACCUGGCCUCCUCCACCGCUGAACCAGUGCUGCUUGGUCUCCGGCCUCCUCCACCACUGGACCGAUGCUUCAGGGACCAGGCCUCCUUCACCGCCAGACCGAUGCUUCAGGAAACCGGCCUCUUCCACCGCCGGGCCGAUGCUUCAGGGACCCGGCCUCCUCCACCACCGACGGACCAACGCUUCGGGGACCUGGCCUUCUCCCCCGCUCGACUGGUGCUUAGGGGACCUGGCCUUCUCCCCCUCUCGACCGGUGCUUAG